CACUCACCAAAAAAAAAAAAGGAAAAGGAAAAAAAAAACAGAAAUCAAAUCUACACCCGAUAACCUCCUGAACCACACAAAUUUUUAAUAAAAUAGAAGAUAUUUGGCCGAGAAAUCUGCCAACAAAAAAGAUUAUUGCGUUCUUGGUGUCUGGUAUACAGCUUGGAGUUCAACCUUCAUUUCUUGAAAGACUUGCUUUCAGUUGAGAAAUGGAAAAUUCAGGGAAUAUUUUGCGAUGCAGAACCCUCUUUUGUUUGCCUUUCUUGAAUGUAUAGUAUGUUAUAAGAUUAGCACUUGCAAUCAUGGAGUUCAAGAAAGAGAAGCUUGUGAGGUUUAAUGAUGGUCAAAACCUGGACAAGACAUUGCCUGUUCAUAAGACAUCAGCUUCAUUCUUGAAAACUGAAGGUGGUAUUAUUAAUGACAGAAACACAAGUGACAAGGUUCCUCAGUUUGGAAGGUUUAAGGUAUUUCCAGAGAAUAACCAUGAACCAUAUUGGAGAGAAAAGAUUCUUGAUCCAGGAAGUGAUGUUAUCUUGAAAUGGAACAGGGUUUUCCUCUUCUCAUGCUUAACAGCACUCUUUGUUGAUCCGUUGUUUUUUUACCUUCCAUCAGUAAUCAGCAAUGGAAAGUCAACUUGUAUGGAUACUGAUUUGAAUUUAGGAAUCACAGUGACAUGUUUUAGAACAUUUGCUGAUUUAUUUUACAUAAUUCAUAUUGUAAUAAAGUUUAGGACAGCUUAUGUCUCACCUAGUUCAAGAGUUUUUGGGAGAGGUGAACUUGUUAUGGAUCCUGAGUUGAUUGCAAGGAGAUAUUUGAGAUCAGAUUUCUUCAUAGAUCUUAUUGCAGCAUUACCUCUUCCUCAGAUUGUGAUAUGGUUUAUAAUACCAGCAAUUAGAAGCUCUCAUGCUGAUCAUACCAACAAUGCCAUAGUACUGAUUGUUCUGCUCCAGUAUAUUCCCAGAUUAUAUCUGAUUUUUCCAUUGAGUUCUGAGAUCAUUAAAGCUACUGGAGUAGUCACAAAGACUGCCUGGGCUGGGGCUGCAUAUAAUCUCCUGCUAUACAUGUUGGCUAGUCAUGUCUUGGGGGCAUCCUGGUAUUUGUUGUCGAUUGAGCGCCAUGCAACAUGCUGGAAAUCUGCUUGCAAACAUGAAUUGAGCCCUAUACCAUGCAAGCCUCGUUACUUGGAUUGUGGUACUUUGAACUUUGCUGAUCGCAAGUCAUGGGAAAACACUACUGUUGUAUUUUCAAGAUGUAAUCCAUCCAACAAAACCUUUUUCGAUUACGGCAUAUUCGCAAAUGCAUUGAACCAGAAUGUACUUUCCUCUGAGUUUCUUGAAAAGUAUUUCUACUGUCUUUGGUGGGGUUUGCAGAACUUGAGUUCCUAUGGCCAGAGUUUGUCAACAAGCACAUUUAUUGGGGAAACUGCAUUUGCCAUACUCAUUGCCAUCUUGGGCCUGGUUUUGUUUUCCCAUUUGAUAGGAAAUAUGCAGACAUACUUGCAAUCUAUCACCGUGAGACUUGAGGAGUGGAGGCUCAAGAGACGAGACACAGAGGAGUGGAUGAGACAUCGUCAACUCCCUCAAAGUCUACGAGAACGUGUCAGACGGUUUGUUCAAUACAAGUGGCUUGCAACUAGAGGGGUUGAUGGAGAAUCAAUCUUGCGUGCAUUACCUACAGAUCUUCGUCGAGACAUCCAGCGCCACCUAUGCCUGGACCUUGUUAGACGAGUUCCUUUUUUCUCACAGAUGGAUGGUCAGCUACUUGAUGCAAUAUGUGAGCGCUUAGUGUCCUCCUUGAGUACUCAAGGAACCUAUAUAGUUCGAGAAGGUGAUCCAGUCACAGAGAUGCUUUUUAUUAUCAGGGGAAAGCUAGAGAGCUCAACUACAAAUGGAGGACGAACUGGUUUCUUCAAUUCAAUUAUUUUGAGACCUGGCGACUUUUGCGGUGAGGAGCUGCUUGCCUGGGCAUUGCUCCCAAAAUCUACUCUCAACUUACCAUCUUCCACAAGGACAGUGAGAGCUCUAGAAGAAGUGGAAGCAUUUGCAUUGCAAGCCGAAGGCCUCAAGUUCGUCGCCAAUCAGUUUAGACGUCUCCAUAGCAAGAAGCUACAACAUACCUUCCGUUUCUACUCUUACCAUUGGAGAACAUGGGCUACCUGCUUCAUUCAGGCUGCUUGGCGUCGGCACAAGAAGAGAAUGAUGGCAAAGAGCUUGAGCAUGUCAGAAUCCUUCUCACUUUCUGUUGAUGGGCAAACAGCUGAUGACGAAACAACACAAGAGGAGGCUGAAACUAGUUUUGCAUCUUCAACUUCUUCUCAAGCAAAACAGCACCUUGGUGUCACAAUACUGGCUUCAAGAUUUGCUGCAAACACAAGAAGAGGGGCUCAGAAAGUCAAGAAAGUUGACAUGCCCAUGUUGCAAAAACCUGAAGAGCCAGAUUUUUCAACAGAACCAGACGAUGACUAGUUCGACCACAGUUCACAUCCAACAGCCAACUAUCCAUGGGUAAAAGCUCUUACGGAAGCCAAAAGAUUAAUCCCGAAGAGAUAUUAAUUUAAAUGAUGCACAUCAUAAAUGCUUAAGCACUAAGGGAUGACUGCAUUGAUUCUUAGGUAGCUGGAAGCCAAGUGGAUGUAAAAGGUGCAGGUUGCAUGUCAUUUCUAUGAUAUCCAUUAGUCUAUAGGUAUACAUGUAGCAGGUCUUGAUUAACGUAGAGUUUUGUUAUUGUCAAUUAGGUAAAGAUUAACACAUUAUUGCCUUGGAUUUUCUUGCUGAAAUGGUAUUGAGCUCCACCAUAAAUUUUAUCAGGAUAA